AUGGCGGUCGGCAUCAGUGUGAGGGAGUCAAUAAUGGUGAAGCCAGCAGUGGAGACGCCUCGCCGGUCGCUGUGGAUCUCAAACUUGGACAUGGUGAGUUCGAAUGCUCACACUCCCACUGUUUAUUUCUACAGGCCCGAAAACGGCGGUGCAGUUGACAAUGGCAACUUCUUUGACCCCAUCGAGCUGAAGGAAGCCCUCAGCAAGGCCCUAGUGCCCUUCUACCCGUUGGCUGGUCGCCUGCAGCGAAACAACGAGGACAAGAAUGGUCGUGUCGAAAUUGAUUGCAAUGCAGAUGGCGUGUUGUUUGUUUUUGCCGACAGCAGCUAUUGCAUAGAUGACUUUGGUGAUUUUCUGCCCACUCCCGAGUUUGGGAGCAUGCUCAUCCCUGAUGUUGAUUAUUCGGCGGGGAUAUCUUCUUAUGCCCUCCUUGUAGUUCAGAUCACGUACUUGAAAUGCGGUGGAGUGGUACUUGGUAUUGGCUUUGAACAUUGCGUAGCAGAUGGAUUUUCUGCUCUUCACUUUAUAAAUGCAUGGUCUGAUAUGGCUCGUGGUCUCGACCUUGCAAUUCCACCAAACCUUGACAGGACAUUACUUCGUGCACGAGAACCACCUCAGCCUUUACUUCACCACAAUCACCAUGUCGAAUACCAACCUGCUCCACUGCCCACCACAGAAGCCACUGCUGGUGCUGAUCCCGACUAUGAGACCGCCACGGCAACGACAGUCUCCAUUUUUAAGUUCACAAAGGAGCAUAUCAACAUCUUGAAAGCUAAGUCAUCAAAUGAUGAUGGGAAUUCAUCAAUGAAGUACACUUCAUAUGAGGUAUUUGCAGCUCAUGUCUGGAGAUGUGCAUGCAAGGCACGUGAACUUGCUGAUGAUCAAGAGACACAAUUCCACAUUGCCGCAAACGGAAGGUCGAGAUUGCAGUCCCCAAUUCCACCUGGUUACUUUGGUAAUGUGAUUUUCUGCGGCGCACCAACUGCAUUCGCAGGGGAUAUCAUAUCGAAACCAAUAGGGUAUGCAGCGAGCUGUAUUCACAAUACCUUGGUACGUAUGGACGAUGAUUAUCUUCGAUCGGCUCUCGACUAUCUUGAGCUUCAGCAAUCUCAUCGUCAUCUGUCAGACUUCGCUCGCGGGGCUCAUUAUUGGAAGUGCCCUAAUCUUGGGAUAACUAGUUGGGUCACGCUGCCGAUCUACGAUGCUGAUUUUAGAUGGGGUCGACCCAUUUUCGUGGGCCGUGGUAAAAUUUUACAUGAAGGGAAGGCUUACACAAUACCAAAGGCAGGUAACGAUGGGAGUUUUUCUCUGGCCAUUAAUUGCUCUGCUCAACAUAUGAAGUCAUUUUCCAAGUUGAUUUAUGAAAUAUAA